UACGAGGAAAUCUCAAUUCCACCGGCUCAAAAAGUUCCAAUGAGAUCAGAUGAGCAAUUCAUUGAUAUUUCCGAAUUAGAUCCGAUUGCUCGAGCUUCUUUUCCUGGCUAUAAAUCUUUGAAUAGAUUACAGAGUGCCGUAUUCCCAAUUGCAUAUAAAACAAAUGAGAAUAUGUUGGUUUGUGCUCCGACGGGUGCAGGUAAAACUGAUGUUGCAAUGUUGACGAUCCUCAGAGCCAUUUCUCAGUACAGUGGUCUUACUUUUACCAAGAAGCAUAAUUCAACUCAACCCAUAGGUAAAAUUCGUAAUGAUUUCAAAAUUAUUUACGUUGCUCCUAUGAAAGCCUUAGCAGCUGAAAUUGUGAGAAAGAUGGGAAAGAGACUAAGUUGGUUAGGUUUGGUAGUCAAAGAGUUGACAGGUGAUAUGCAACUCACCAAGGCUGAGAUCAAUGCUACACAUUUAAUUGUAACUACACCUGAGAAAUGGGAUGUAGUGACGAGGAAAGCAUCUGGCGAAGAUGAUCUUGUGUCUAAAGUUAGGGUAUUAAUCAUUGAUGAAGUCCAUCUCUUGCAUGAAGAUCGAGGUGCAGUGAUCGAGACUAUCGUUGCACGGACGCUACGACAAGUUGAAUCAUCACAAUCUUUGAUUCGAAUAGUUGGCCUGUCAGCUACUUUACCAAAUUAUAUCGAUGUAUCCGAUUUUCUGAGAGUCAAUCGAAUGCAAGGUUUGUUUUAUUUCGAUUCAAGCUUUCGUCCUGUUCCAUUAGAACAACAUUUUAUUGGAGUAAGAGGUAAACCGAACUCUAGUGUGUCUAGAACAAAUUUGGAUUUAGCUACGUUUGAAAAGGUUGUUUCGAAUCUAGUUAAAGAAGGUCACCAAGUGAUGGUCUUUGUACAUGCACGUAAAGAAACUGUCAAAACCUCUCAAAUGUUGAGAGACAAGUUUAUGGAAGAUAGUUUACUUGAAUAUUUGGAUCCAAGUGAACAUCCGAAAUAUGAUGCUUUCAAACGUGACUUGAAUGGUUCUAGGAAUAAAGAAAUGAAAGAACUUGUUAAGGAUGGACUUGGUAUCCAUCAUGCUGGAAUGUUACGGUCUGAUCGUACUAUCAGUGAACGUUUGUUCGAAAGUGGUGUCACCAAGGUGUUAUGUUGUACCGCGACACUUGCAUGGGGAGUCAACUUACCAGCCUACGCAGUAGUGAUCAAAGGUACCCAGAUAUAUGAUGCUUCAAAAGGUUCAUUUGUCGAUCUUGGAAUUCUAGAUGUGCUUCAAAUCUUUGGACGAGCUGGUCGACCACAGUAUGAGGACCACGGAGUUGGUUACAUCUGUACGACACAUGACCGGCUUGAUCAUUAUGUUGCUGCUAUCACUCAACAACAUCCAAUCGAAUCACAGUUUAUUAGCGGGAUUGUAGAUUCUUUGAAUGCAGAGAUCGCUUUAGGAACAGUAACAACGAUAGAUGAAGGAGUUCAAUGGAUAGGAUGGACUUAUCUAUUUGUAAGGAUGCGAAAGAAUCCCAUGGUUUAUGGUUUGACGAUUGAAGAUGUUCAAAACGAUCCAUUAUUGGGUAGUAAACGACAUUCAUUGAUUGUGAAUGCAGCUAAAACACUUCGUACAAUUGGUAUGAUUCGAUUUGAUGAAGAUUUGGGUAAAUUGAUACCUAAUCAAUUAGGCAUUAUCGCUUCGAGAUAUUAUAUUAAGCAUGCUAGUAUUGAAAUCUUUGUGAAGGCGUUUAGGGAAAAGAUGACUGAAGCUGACGUUUUAGCCAUGAUAAGUGAAAGUGUAGAAUUUGAUCAAAUCAAAGUAAGAGAAUCAGAAUCAGAUGAAUUAGAUAGAUUACAAAACGAAAUCCCAUGUCAAGUGAAAGGAGGACCGACAAUCACAUCAGGCAAAGUGAAUAUAUUACUUCAAGCUCAUGUGAGUAGAUGUUAUGUAGAUGAUUUUGCAUUAGUUUCAGAUAUGGCUUACGUGGCACAAAACGCAGCAAGGAUUUCAAGAGCUUUGGUGGAGAUUGCGGUUUCGAAACGGUUUGCUGAGACGUCUAGAGUUUUGAUUGAGAUUGGAAAGUGUAUUGAUAAAAGGAUGUGGCCAUUUGCUCAUCCACUAUUACAAGGAGGUCUAUCAGACAAAUUGAUCUAUGAUCUAGAUCAACGAGCUGGAGACGUAGAGAUUGAAGAUUUGGCACAGAUGUCAGCAGUGGAAAUUGGCAAGAUGUGUCAUCUGAAUGAAAAGCUGGGUGGUGUGAUACUCAAAGCAGCUCGACAGUUCCCCAGACUAUCAAUCGGAUACUCACUACAACCUCUAUCGAGUGGACUCUUAAGGAUCAAAACCGAUUUGAGUCACGAGUUUGAUUGGUCAAAUCAACUUCAUGGUCAAGCUGAACCAUUUUGGAUUUGGAUUGAAGAUGAUCAACAAAGAGAGAUCUUAAGGAUUCGACGUGUAUACCUUCGACCGAACAAACCUGAAUUUAGUCUCGAGAUGGUGAUCCCUAUCAACCCUACCACCAAGAUCUUACCUGAUGCUUUAGCAAUCCGAGUGAUGUCAGAUCGCUGGGUUGGAUCAGACACUUCUGCUGAAGUGGAUUUGAAGGGGAUCAUUUUACCUUCUGAACCACCGCCAUUCACCACUCUCUUGGACUUACCGCUUUUGUCGACCAAAUAUCUAGAGCUAGCAUAUUGCUCCCGAUUCUUACCUUCUCACUUGGACCCUGUUGAAACUCAAUGCUUUCAUGCGAUAAAUCACACACCAGCUGAUUUAUUGAUAUGUGCCUCUGACCUUGAAGUUGGUCGCCGGAUGUCGAUGGUUGCGACAGAUCGAGCAAUCAGAUUGGCAAUGACUCGAGAUGGACAUUAUCAGAUUUUGAUCUUCUCACCUAAUAGAUCAUUGGCUAGGCAACUGUUUCAUUACUUUUCUAAAGCAUUCGGAUCACGCGACGUCAAAGUGGAUUUGCUAGUGAAUAACAACGAUUUGAAUUCAAGAAAAGUUUCACAACCCCAGAAUCGAUGUCAAGUGAUGAUUAUGACUUCAGAGGUUGGUCAACAUGUGAUCAAAUCACUUUCAACCGAUCAAACGAUUCUUUCAAUCUUUCUGGGGCUUCAUUUACUGGAUGGUGUUUAUGAAAGAUUGAUUUCCAAAGUGAAAGGUUUUAAAUCAAGUCGAUCGAUUGGAUUUUCAAGUCCAUUAUCAGAUGUAAGAUCUAUUUCAGAUUGGCUUGGGAUUCCGAUAGAAACACAAGUUUAUAAUUUUGGACCACAUAUACGAGUUCAACCUAUGACGAUUGAAUUUGAACCGAUUGAAAGUACUCAUUCGAUUAGUGAAUUAAGAUCAUCAGUUAAAUCUAUCUCCAAAUUAAUCCGGAAUUUAAAUUCAAAAUCAUCUGUAUUAAUUUUUUUAGGAAUUUCACCUGCUUGUAAGAUGAUUGGAAGAUCAUUGAUUCAAAGUUUAAUUACACAAAGUGAUGGAAAUGAAAGAAGUCGAAAUGAAGGAUUAAAUGAAAAAGAUGAAGGAUUGAUCAAAAGUGUAUUUGGAGAUCAAGAGAUUAUAGAUUUAAUGUUACAUGGAUUAUUGAUUUUGAAUGAAGGAAUGAAACGAAAUGAAAUAGAGAUUGGAAUUGAAUUUUUUAGAAAUAAGAAAAUCAAAUUAAUGAUUUUAGGUAGAGAGAUGUGUUGGAGAUUAUCAAAUGAGAUGAUUAAAUCUAAUUUAGUGAUUGGAUUAGGUACAGAAUAUAUU